CCAGGAUUCGGUGACAUAAAAGCGGCGGCGCGAGCCGGAGCUCGGGCCAGAAGCGGCGGGCGGAGGAUGCGGCAGAGGGCAGGCGCCCGGUAACCGGACAGCCUCCACCUCCUUCCCCUCCCCAUCCCAUGGUGCAGCUUGUGUGCUCGCUCGGGAAUCCGGAGUUAGCAGCGGUGCAGGGAUGAAGAUGAAAACCGAUAAGAGGUCGCCUUCCCGCGGGGAAGGUGGCGGCGGCGGCGCCGGAGGCGGAGGGCCCGCGGUUCAGGGGCCGGCCCCCUUCAUCCAGGCUCUGGCAGCCGCCAACAGCCAGUAUCAGGCGUACGAGACGUACCUGGAGAAUGGCAUGAUCUGCCUCAAGCAUAAGAUCCGGAAUAUUGAGAAGAGGAAGGCAAAACUGGAUGACUAUAAGGAACGCCUAAACAGAGAAGAACUCAAUCAGGAUCAGUUGGAUGCUGUGGCCAAAUAUGAAGAAGUAAUUCAUAAUCUGGAGUUUGCUAAGGAGCUGCAGAAAACCUUUGUUGCACUCAACCAAGAGCUGCUAAAAGCACAAAAGAAAACUUUACGACGUGAGCAACUACUGAGGACAGAGAUGGAGAAGAGACGCCUUCGUACAGUAUUGCAUGCUAAAUAUGUACUGGAGAACUUCAAGCAGGAGCAUGUUCAAAAUGACUUCAGAGAUGGCAUUAAUGGUGCAUUUAUUAUUUCUCGAAAGGAAAUCAGCCUCCUCAAGGACUUCUGUAAACUUGUUUGCCCUGAAAGGGAUGAAAGAAUGUCUCUUGAAGAUCAGGUUGAACUGGUGUCAAAUCAAAUGUGGGACCUGUUGGAAGGAAGUGAUAAAAUAGUGGCUGGUAGCACCUAUAAACACUUGAAGGAAACAAUAAGCAGACUAUUGAACUGUGCCUACUUUGAUAGUAUUCCUGUCCCUCACAAUGGUUUGCUGGAUGAUGUUGAAGAUAAAAUUAAAGAGGUACCAGUAACUUCCAAGACCCUAUCUGGAAAGGAUACCGAAUCCGAUCUACAUUUUUUAUGCUCCAAUGAUGUGCAGCCAAGAGAGUUUUUGAAUAGGCAGUACGUGAAUAAAACUGACUAUGCUGUAAAACAGCCUGAAAAACCAAGGAACUGGGAAAGCGAGUAUGUUGGCAGGAAGCAAGAAGAUGUUCCCAAAAAAUGGGAUGCUGAUUACAUGAGUCGAAAACAUGAGGAAACGCCCCCAACCAAGUGGGAUGAUGAGUAUGUUGAUAAACAGGAGGAGCUUCUCAAAAAAAGGGAUACAGAAUAUGUCAACAAUAGAAAGUUGGAGGAGCAGCCUAAAAAGUGGGAUGUACAAUAUGCUGAAGUCCAGGAGACUAAAAGAUGGGAAGCACCAUCUGUCCCGAAAGAAUCUGCUGAACCAAAGAGAAUUCUGCCUGAACCCAAAGAGAAACGGGAUCGUACAUCAAAACAAAGUGAAGUGAAGCAAGUGUCGAAGGUAGUGCAGCAGGCUGCUGCAGAGUUCUGCUCGACCUCCUCACUGCCAAAGGAUCCAGAACUCAGGAGGCAGAAGCUUCAAGACCUAAUGUCCCAGAUACAAGGGACGUGUCACUUCAUUCAGGAUUCUAUGUUGGAUUCUGACUCUUCACAAAGUGCUAUUGGAUCACAGAAGGCUACAAUAUCACUCAAUGCCGCAGCUCCAAAACAACAGAAGCAGCAAAAGAAUGACACCAUUCCAUCCCCACCCAAGCCUACUUCAGAAUUGACUGUCCAUUCCAGUGUUGGGGGUAGUUCGGGUUCUGAUGACCAGUCUUCACUGUCUGGUUCCACAAACGAUCUUUCAGGGCAAACUCCGCAGAGUUCAGCUACACGCAAUUCAGAAAGUGAAGCAUACAUUCCGCCACCGCAGAUAUACCAAACAAGUACACCCAUUACUGAGUCCCUGACACAAAAGGCCUUGGAGACAAAUCAGGUGACUACUCUGCCCAACAACCAGACUGCUGUGUAUGAUGCAAUAAUGGUAACACCCCAAGGACUGGGACGCCAGACUCCAGUAAGCAAUUCUCCAGUUAGCAUGAAGACCACACCUUUUCAGGCUAUGCAGACUGUGUUCAAUGUGAAUGCUCCUCUUCCUCCAAGAAGUGAACAGGAAGUGAAAUCUGAUGCUCCAUAUUCACCUGCCUUUAAUCAAAGUUUGAUUACAGCAAGUACUCAGACUCCACCUCAGCCUGUGUCUGUCCAAUCUUCACAUGCUGUAGAGCAAAAUGCUCUGACGCAGGAAUCUUUAACAGAACCUACAUCAGUUGCCAAUGGGACCCCCGUUUUUCUACCCCACAGUCAGCCAAAUAAUCCUUUACCAAGACCAAGCCAACCCUACUUUGGAAGCAGAGGUGCUGUAAGGGGGGCUGCACGAGGUGGCAGAGGAAUCGUUAAUGCGUACCGUGGUUCCAGUAAUGGAUAUAAAGGUGUACAAAUAGGAUUUGAUGCCUACAGAGGAAUUCCCAUACCUGGUAAUGGAACAUAUGGACCUUUUCCAAAUAGGGAGUACCCUGGGAUGCCAUAUACUCCAAGGGAGUCUGGUUACCAGCAGAACUACAAACGUGGUGCAGGAGUUGGGCCUCGUGGGACCAUGAGAGGAGCAGGUCCUAAUUACUCAACUGCAGGGUGGAGCGAUUCAUCUCAGAUGAGCAGUCCAGAGCAAGACAGUGAGCACUUCAACAACAGUGGGGAUUCUGGACAAGGGGACUCACGAAGCAUUACUCCAGUGGAUAUGCCAGUGACCAGUCAAGCUGCCACCCUCUUGCCUGUACAUGUCUACCCUCUUCCUCAGCAGAUGAGAGUGGCCUUCUCCACUGCAAGGACCUCUAACUUUACCCCUGGAUCCCUGGACCAGCCCAUUAUCUUUGACCUUCUGCUCAAUAACCUUGGAGAAACAUUUGAUUUUCAAUUGGGGCGAUUUACCUGCCCUGUGAAUGGCACCUAUGUCUUCAUCUUUCACAUGCUGAAGCUAGCUGUGAAUGUCCCACUCUAUGUAAACCUCAUGAAGAAUGAUGAAGUCCUGUGCUCAGCUUAUGCCAAUGAUGGUGCUCCAGAUCAUGAGACUGCCAGCAACCAUGCUGUUCUGCAGCUUUUCCAGGGAGAUCAGAUUUGGCUUCGAUUGCACAGAGGUGCCAUCUACGGUAGCAGUUGGAAGUAUUCUACCUUUUCUGGCUACCUCUUGUAUCAGGAUUGAAACAAUGUGCUUGAAUAGCUAAAAUGCUUUGCACUCUGAUCACUGUAUCUUUAAGGGUCACUGAAGAGAGUUGCCAGAGAUGACUUGUUAAACUAUUGCAGUGGUUUUGUGGAAUUUGGGUUUGCACUGAUUGGGCACUUUAACCUGUGAUGCCUUGCUGGUAGAAUUGUGAAUAUAUUGUUACAGAAUGUUAUGACUUUCACUUGUCAGUCGAAGACAACUUUCUGUGACUGUUUGUUUGAAUUGGAUAGAUUCCCUUAGCAAGAUAUCCUGCUAUUUACAAUGCCUCAUGGUGCCUCAAUAAAGAUAUUCUGCACUGUUGGUUGGUGUUUUGAAUGGACAGUAUAGCUGCUAAAUCCUGUGCAUUUGACAAAUUAGUUGACAACUCUGCAAAUGUUAAGUGAAAUAGAUUUUGCAGCAAACCACUAUCAGCACAAGUAAAAUUUAUUUAAGGAAUAUUUUGCACCUUCACAAUUUUAAUGUUGACUGACUUACUGAAUUUUACCUGAGCUAGUGUUGAUAUAUUUAAAAAAGGGCCAAAGUGGCUAUUAUGCAUCAGAAGCAAACACAGCAACCAAAAAUGUAAAAUUUACCAGGGUGAAACAUUUGUCACAGCAUUCUAAAAUGCCAUUACAAACAUUACAGUAGUUUUGAUAAAUGCUCCCAAUGCCUCAGAUACAGAAAUAAAAUGGAGUCUGCCAAAAAGUUACUGAAAAAAAAACUUUACUUAGAUGUUAAAGGCCAUUAUUUAAACGUUAACCUUGCUUGCUUUGGGAACAAUCUGUGCACUCAUUAAACAUUCCUCUCCUUCAAAAAAGACCUUGAAGGUAACACCCCUCAGCCAAAGAUUGUAUAAUUAACAUUGCCUUACAGUUUGAGAGAGAUUUCACCUAAAAUGAGCUAAGCAGCUUGGCCACU